GAACGCAACGCAUAUGUACGUAUCGAGAGAGUGCGGCAAUCAAUUCAAUUUAAUAAAGGUGCUCGAUCCUAGUGGCAAACACGGCAAAUUACGUAAAAUCCGGCCCAAGUGCUCCCCCACUCCAGUGCUCCCAAUAAUAAUAAGUGCGCCAGCAAUAAUAAUAAUCUAGAAUCGAAGGGGUGUAUCACCUGUACAAAAGAAUGUCGGGCAGUGAAACCAACAAAACACCGCUGCAGCAGCCACAGCACCAACAAUUCGCCCUGCUUCCGAAGAUCAUCAACGGUGGAAUUGCGGGGAUCAUUGGCGUGACAUGUGUCUUCCCGCUGGAUUUGGUCAAGACGAGGCUGCAGAACCAGCAGAUCGGACCCAAUGGCGAACGCAUGUACAACAGCAUGUUCGAUUGCUUCCGCAAAACGUACAAGGCCGAAGGAUACUUUGGCAUGUACCGCGGCUCUGGCGUGAACAUCCUGCUGAUCACUCCUGAGAAGGCCAUCAAGUUGACAGCCAACGACUACUUCCGCCACAAGCUGACCACCAAGGAUGGCAAACUUCCGUUGACCAGCCAGAUGGUCGCCGGCGGCCUGGCCGGUGCAUUCCAGAUAGUCGUUACCACGCCCAUGGAGCUGCUCAAAAUCCAGAUGCAGGACGCGGGUCGAGUGGCGGCGGCGGCCAAAUUGGCCGGCAAGACGGUGGAGAAGGUGUCGGCCACCCAGCUGGCCUCGCAGCUCAUCAAGGACAAGGGCAUCUUUGGGCUGUACAAGGGCAUUGGAGCCACGGGAUUACGAGAUGUCACCUUCUCAGUCAUUUACUUCCCCCUAUUCGCUACUCUUAAUGAUCUGGGUCCCAGGCGUAGCGAUGGAUCUGGAGAGGCUGUGUUCUGGUGCUCCUUCCUGGCGGGUUUGGCGGCCGGUUCCACCGCUGCCCUGGCGGUCAAUCCAUUCGAUGUGGUCAAGACGCGUCUGCAGGCGAUUAAGAAGGCCGAUGGCGAGAAGGAAUUCAAGGGCAUAUCCGACUGCAUAACUAAGACGCUGAAGCACGAGGGACCCACCGCUUUCUUCAAGGGCGGUUUGUGCCGAAUGAUUGUGAUUGCUCCACUGUUCGGAAUCGCUCAGACGGUCUACUAUCUGGGCGUGGCCGAGGGUCUGCUGGGCGUCCAGAAAAAGUAGGGGGAAUGGUAUAGAUAGUCGCCCAGGCGGAUUGAAAAGACCGAAGCAUUUUAAGUCUACUCUCUGAAUGUUGAAUGUGUAUGUAUAUCGUGUUUAAAUGUUGUUACAGCUGUCCAUGAAUGUAAUCCGUGAAGUCUUUAAACUAAGCUAAAGUUAUCAAGCGGUGCGCUAGCCAGUCAAGUACCAAAUGCCGUUGUUAAAGUUUUCCCCAGUCCCAUUAACUUACUCAACAUUAUACAAUAUGAAUUUAGACCAUGGCAGAAGACAACUGAUGCUCCCAAUGACAAUAAGAUAUAACAACAUCAACGCUAAUAUUAUGUAAAUGGUUUGAUUUAUAUCAUAGUCUAUAACUGUUGUGUUUGGACACUCUCUCUAAUUAAUAUUGUUUCCUGAGAUAAACUCCGCUAGCCAUGAAUAAUUGCCUCAAAUUGUAUUAGUAAUGCAUUUUCCUUUGCUGCUAGGCGAAUGUUUAGCUUUUAGUAGCAUCCAAGAACAUGACUAGAGCAAUUGUAUGCUUUAUGAAAACCGUCAGAAAUGAACAAACGAAAUAUAUACUAUAUAACUAAAA